CCUUCUUCCCCUCUGUCCCCGUCUUGGAGCCCAAGAAGAAGCGCACACCAGAGCCAAAAGAUCCCCAAACCCUCCACUGCCACACCCACAUCGCGAGGUAGAAAUCGACGAGGAGGCGGCAGCGUAAGAAGCUUCGAGGAUGUUCAGGAAUCAGUACGACACCGACGUGACGACGUGGAGCCCCCAGGGGCGGCUCUUCCAGGUGGAGUACGCCAUGGAGGCCGUCAAGCAGGGCGCCGCCUGUGUUGGCCUCCGAUCCCGCACCCACGCCGUCGUCGCCGCUCCCAACAAGGCUGCAUCCGAGCUCUCCUCCCACCAGCGUAAGGUCUUCCGCGUCGCCGACCACGCCGGGGUCGCGCUGGCGGGGCUCACCGCCGACGGUCGCGUCCUCUCGCGGUUCCUCCGCAACGAGUGCAUCAACCACGCCUUCGUCUACGACGCGCCGCUCCCAGUCUCCAGGCUUGCGCUCCGACUCGCCGACAAGGCGCAGGUUUGCACACAGCGGUCAUGGAAGAGGCCUUAUGGUGUUGGCCUCCUUGUUGCCGGACUGGACGAGUCUGGAGCUCAUCUCUACUAUAACUGUCCCAGCGGGAACUACUUUGAGUACCAGGCAUUCGCUAUUGGUUCUCGAUCUCAAGCCGCAAAGACUUUCCUUGAGCGCAGAUUCAAGGACUACAACGACUACACCCCGGAGCAACUCAUCAAGGAUGCCCUCUCUGCCAUAAAGGAGACUCUGCAAGGCGAGAAGCUGACCGGUUCCAACUGCACUGUGGCCAUCGUCGGCAGGAAGGAAGAUGGCACCAUCGAGCCAUUCGAGAUGAUUGAUGCGGAGAGAAUCCAAGAAAUAAUAGACUCCAUGGAGGCCGCCGAGGAGGCGCCCGCAGAGCAGAGCUCCGUGCAGGAGGAGGAAAGGGGCUCGGAUGCUGCUGCGCCCAUGGACAUCUAGGCCUGGAAUACUCAUCGUCUCGACUAUCACACCGCGUCCCGAGUUUCCGAAGACUAGACUGUUUUAGAAGUUGUGUUGUGACUCUUGCGCACUCUUUGCUUCCAUGCUGCGACUUUGCGAUGGUCUCUUGGACGAUCAAUUACCUGGGUUUGGAGUUGGACCGAUUAUUUAUCAUGUGAUGCGAACAAUAUAUUUUUGUUUCUGAGACCA